UCAGAGGCCAAAUCUGAGCACAGACCUCCCCAGAUCCUUCAGCACAGCCCGGCACUACAGAGCUUAUCCACCACCCCCUACCCAGGGGUGUCCUUCCCCAUCCUGCUGUGGGAGGGAAGAGUCAAGAGCAUCUUCUCAGAGCUGUCCUCCCUCUGCUCAGGCUCCUGCUCAGGCUCCUGCUCCUACGCAGCAGCAGCAGCCAGUUCUCCGAGCCUUUCCUCAGCCACCUCCCCUUCCAGUCCCCCUCCCCCACUCCCUGCCCUUCUCACCCCUAACCUGGACCCAUCAGGUCCCUCAGGGUUAAUUCCAGUCCUUUGCCCUGAAUGAAGCCCCUCUACCCCCAUGGCCCGAUACCCCUACAGUAAAUGCCCUUCGCACAUAGGAGCAGAGAUUCACGGGGGAGGGGCAGCAGCUUUAAAGGUCAUCUACAGGAAGAGGAGGCCCCAUCCUCUGACCUCCCCCUCCUCCUAAUCUUUUCUUCCUAGUGACUCAGGCCUUAGGUCUCACAUGGGGCCUGUCUACUGUGUAGACUGAGCUGCCGUCACUGGGUGGAGAGAAUGGUUGAGAAAACAGCCAAGUGCCCCACCUGCCUCCUGUGUACGUACCCCUCUACCUACGCUCCAGGGUUAGCGCUCAACCCCAGGGUCCCACCUCUUACUCUGUGGCAUAUAGGAACCCAUAACACCGUGCUCGCUGUGCUGGCUCAGUGACCUUCCCAGGCCAGUGCCUCACACCCUGGUCCUGCCCGGUCCCAGUCUGAGCGAGGGGCAGAGGGGGGCUGAGCGGCACCUGCUCCAGCGCAGAGUGGGAGCGCCCGAGGAUUCAGCACCACACGGUGGACAGCUCCAGGCCCUGCGGAUCUGUCAAGAGCGGGAUCUGCUGAAGCUGCUGGAGGCGCUGGGCUAGGAACCUCGGAGAGGAGACUUUGGGGACUGGCCCUUUAAGAACCAGAGUCUAGGACCCUAGGCGUUCACCUGGGCUUCUGUUUCUCUUGGGCUGGAAACUGUCCCAUAGAGCCUCUUCCCUCCCUGUGGUGGGUCUUCCAAAGCCCCUGCUCUGCAAAUCCGAGGCUCAGGAUGGGAGCUGGAUCCCUGAGUGUGUAACUGCCAUGGCCUCAGCUACUUCUGAAUGGAUCUCCUAGGAGGAGCUGGCCCCCUUCUCAUCUCUCUCCGUGUCUGUCCUUUCCUGGCCCCUGUUUCCUCCUCUUUUUGCCUUUGCUGAGUCUAUCCUCAUCCCUUGAAGACCCUGCUCUGCUGGAUCUAACCAUCCCCUCUGGGGCCAUGGGAUCACUGUUUGGGUUUCUGGUACUGCUGCUGCUGUGGGGUGCUGUGGCUGAGGGCCCGGCCAAGAAGGUGCUGACCCUGGAGGGGGACCUGGUGCUGGGUGGGCUGUUCCCAGUGCACCAGAAAGGUGGCCCCGCAGAGGAGUGUGGUCCUGUUAACGAGCACCGUGGCAUACAGCGCCUAGAGGCCAUGCUUUUCGCACUGGACCGCAUCAACCGCGACCCCCACCUGCUGCCCGGUGUGCGCUUGGGUGCGCACAUCCUCGACAGCUGCUCCAAGGAUACACACGCCCUGGAGCAGGCGCUGGACUUUGUGCGUGCCUCACUCAGCCGUGGUGCUGAUGGCUCACGCCACAUUUGUCCUGAUGGUUCCUACGCCACCCACAGCGAUGCUCCGACAGCCAUCACCGGUGUCAUUGGGGGCUCCUACAGUGAUGUCUCCAUCCAGGUGGCCAAUCUCCUGCGGCUGUUUCAGAUCCCACAGAUCAGCUAUGCCUCCACGAGUGCCAAGCUGAGUGACAAGUCCCGUUACGAUUACUUUGCUCGCACUGUGCCCCCAGACUUCUUCCAAGCCAAGGCCAUGGCCGAGAUACUCCGCUUUUUCAACUGGACAUACGUGUCUACGGUGGCGUCUGAGGGUGACUAUGGUGAGACGGGCAUUGAGGCCUUUGAGCUGGAGGCCCGUGCACGAAACAUCUGCGUGGCCACUUCGGAGAAGGUGGGCCGUGCCAUGAACCGGGCAGCCUUCGAGGGCGUGGUACGAGCCCUGCUGCAGAAGCCCAGUGCCCGGGUCGCUGUGCUCUUCACCCGGUCCGAGGAUGCCCGUGAGCUGCUUGCAGCCGCCCAGCGCCUCAACGCCAGCUUCAUCUGGGUGGCCAGCGAUGGCUGGGGGGCCCUGGAGAGUGUGGUGGCAGGCCGUGAAGGGGCCGCGGAGGGUGCCAUCACCAUUGAGCUGGCCUCCUAUCCCAUCAGUGACUUUGCCUCCUACUUCCAGAGCUUGGAUCCUUGGAACAACAGUCGGAACCCCUGGUUCCGCGAGUUCUGGGAGGAGAGGUUCCAGUGCAGCUUCCGGCAGCGAGACUGCGCAGCCCACUCUCUUCGGACUGUGCCCUUCGAACAGGAGUCCAAGAUCAUGUUUGUGGUCAAUGCGGUGUAUGCCAUGGCCCAUGCUCUGCACAACAUGCACCGUGCCCUCUGUCCCAACACCACCCACCUCUGUGACGCCAUGAGACCUGUCAACGGGCGCCGCCUCUACAAAGACUUCGUGCUCAAUGUCAAGUUUGAUGCCCCCUUCCGCCCAGCGGAUACUCACAACGAGGUCCGCUUUGACAACUUUGGGGAUGGUAUUGGCCGCUACAACAUCUUCACCUAUCUGCGGGCGGGCAGUGGGCGCUAUCGCUACCAGAAGGUAGGCUACUGGGCAGAAGGUCUGAGCCUGGACACUAGCCUCAUCCCAUGGGCCUCCGCAUCAGCCGGCCCCCUUCCUGCCUCUCGCUGUAGUGAGCCCUGCCUUCAGAAUGAGGUGAAGAGCGUGCAGCCAGGUGAGGUCUGCUGCUGGCUCUGCAUCCCCUGUCAGCCCUAUGAGUACCGGCUGGACGAGUUCACCUGUGCUGACUGUGGUCUGGGCUACUGGCCUAAUGCCAGUCUGACUGGCUGCUUUGAGCUGCCCCAGGAGUAUAUCCGCUGGGGUGAUGCCUGGGCAGUGGGACCUGUCACCAUUGCCUGCCUAGGUGCCCUGGCCACCCUCUUUGUGUUGGGUGUCUUCGUGAGGCAUAACGCUACACCCGUAGUCAAGGCCUCUGGUCGAGAGCUCUGCUACAUUCUGCUGGGAGGCGUCUUCCUCUGCUACUGUAUGACCUUCAUCUUCAUCGCCAAGCCUUCCACGGCAGUGUGCACCUUACGGCGCCUCGGUUUGGGCACGGCCUUCUCUGUCUGCUACUCAGCCCUCCUCACCAAGACCAAUCGCAUUGCUCGAAUCUUCGGCGGGGCCCGGGAGGGUGCCCAGCGGCCUCGCUUCAUCAGCCCCGCCUCACAGGUGGCCAUCUGCCUGGCACUUAUCUCGGGCCAGCUGCUCAUUGUUGCUGCCUGGCUGGUGGUGGAGGCACCAGGCAUCGGCAAGGAGACAGCCCCCGAGCGGCGAGAAGUAGUGACGUUGCGCUGUAACCACCGUGACGCAAGCAUGCUCGGCUCCCUGGCUUACAACGUGCUCCUCAUCGCUCUCUGCACGCUCUAUGCCUUCAAGACCCGAAAGUGCCCGGAGAACUUCAAUGAAGCCAAGUUCAUUGGCUUCACCAUGUACACCACCUGCAUCAUCUGGCUGGCUUUCCUUCCCAUCUUCUAUGUCACCUCCAGUGAUUAUCGGGUACAGACCACCACCAUGUGCGUGUCGGUCAGCCUCAGCGGCUCUGUGGUGCUCGGCUGCCUCUUUGCACCCAAGCUGCACAUCAUCCUUUUCCAGCCACAGAAGAACGUGGUGAGCCACCGGGCACCUACCAGCCGCUUUGGAAGCACCGCCCCCAGGGCCAGCGCCAACCUUGGUCAAGGGUCUGGAUCCCAGUUUGUACCUACCGUUUGCAACGGCCGGGAGGUGGUAGACUCAACAACAUCGUCGCUUUGAAGACCCCACACUCCUGCCCUGACAAUGGCUGCUCCCGAACCCAGUGUAAACCCUCUUCCCCGGCCAGGAGGAAGUUAGCUGGAGCACUGCAAUAACGCCCACCCCAGGCCCGCCCCCAGAGCCACUCACCCACCUACUGAUUCCCCAGCCCUGUAGGUAAGAAGCCAGGGUCCUGAGCCGGGAAGCCUCUGCGAUGGCCACCAACUCUCCUUGUAGCUAUGCCCCGUGUUUGCCAGGCCUGGGACUCCGAGGGGAGAGCAGGAUCGACUGUGCUCUAGACCAGUGUGGCUGAGGAUGGCAGGCCAACCCCAUCAGCAAAGGUGCUUCCAGUCCAGCCCCUGCCCAGGCCUUUUUAAUUUUUUAUAAGUUACUCUGGGAUGGAGAGGAUGGCUAUUGUGGGGAUCAUCCCCUCCCCUCCCUCCCCAGUAAUUUGUCUCGUGGUUUAUUUUGUAUUAUCUGUAAAUAAAGUAUCUUUAUUUAAA